CUUCCGGUCGGUGCCUGUUGCUUAGUGCACAUAAACAAAAAAGAGUACAUGUACAAGAUCAGACGAUAUCAUCUUUGUUUAUACAACCCUUGUCGCUGAAGUAGAUGGAAUGGCAAGAAUAUAGACAGAACUCUUAGAUUAUGCCAACGGGCCAUGUUCUGCCCGGAUAUGGGCAACCCGUAACUUACCUUAGAAGGGCCAAAUCGGCAUAUCCUUUGGACAAGACUAAAAUAAAGGAAUACGCAGCCCUAAAUGUUCCGGCACCAGAUAGAAAUGAACUUCUUCGCAUUAAAAACCAAGCAAAGAAUCAAUGGAUGGGUUUAGACAGAUCAGCAACAACCUACGACUUUCAAUUCAAGUACAAGUAUCUCGAUCAACCUACCCAGUCAAGACCAACUUCGCCGACGAGGAAAAAUAAACCACAUCCACCUCUAGUCUUCCUUACAAAUCGUCUUCAUUACGUACCUGGGUACCACAAUGCUGAUACAACUAUAAACAGACCUGUGUAUCAAGUUGAUGCUAGUGUACCCUACGAGGAACAAGCACAACGGUGGGCCAUCCGAGACAAAUAUAUCGGCAAACCUAGCGCCAAGGCCAUCAACCAAUACACGGAUAAAUAUGGAUACCGGGAAUAUUUCGACCCAGUAGAAGCGCAGGCUGCAGAGGCAUGGACCAAAAUAGCAGACGAUAAAGAUUUGUACCAGUUGCCGAACGUUUUGGAGGAACAGAAAGGCAAACACAUCACAGAGCCAAACGUCGAGCAUGGAAUACCCUUAGAAGAACCACAGAGGCCCAAAACCGCACUGGCUUCCACGUAUCGGUGGAUGAAAUACGCAGGUGCUGCAGAAAAUUUGGAAUUACAUCGAGCACUGGAAGCCAUACGAAAUAGGGAACAACUGCCAAAUAUGAUGCGUUAUUCCAGAAGUGGAAUAGGAUCAACGGAAAUGAGGCGGCGGGAGGACAUUGAGGCUAUACAGAGGACUCGCUAUAUCAGCAAACCGUCACGUGGUGACUUCCUCAUGCAUCCUGAUUGGCCGCCUAGUAUACCUCAUCACCGCGUGGACUAGUUCGCGUUUUAAAGACAAUGCUAGCAGCGCUAAAACGCUGAAAAGCAAGAAUUUAAAACAAUAUCUGCUUUUGCCACCUACUGACUUUUAUAUUUAGGAAGGUACAUGAAGCUGAGUGAAUUAAUACCACUUUGAAAAUGUGAUGAAACCUACGAUUGAAUUCUCUCCAAACCCAAAAAUACUGAAUUCUGCUGAAUUUUUUAUUUCGUGUCAGAAUUUAAAUUAAUGUAUUGGUAAUGAUCACAUCUGCAGGCUUGACUUCAUUAAUUUGCAAAAGUUUGCGUAUUUUAUUAGAUUAAUUCUCCCUUUUUAAAAAUACAUAUACGUAAUCCUUUAUCUCUGGGCAUAUAUGCUUUUCGUUUUAAUUGAUGAUAAUGCAACUGAGGAAAAUAACAUAAAAUUUGGAAUUUGUAUUGCUUGUUAGUGGUUGAUUUUGGUUGCCUUUUUACAUAGAAAAUUAGUCAGUUUGUGAAAUUUUAAAACUAGAUAGUACCGUUUGUUGUUGCUAGCUGUUGUGAAUUUGAUACCUGGAUUUUUGUUACUACAUGUAUUAACUUUAUUGACAAAGGUGCCUUACAUGGCGAAAUAAUGCUAUAUAGAAAACAUUUGCCAAAAUAUUGGACCAUUUUUAUUUUAUUUUUUAUAGACCCUCUGAGACAGUUUUUGAGUGGGAUUUUUUUUAGAUCUCGGUCUUAAAAUGUCAAGACUUGUUUUGUUAUAGUAUUAACGAUUUCAUGUAUAAGAGAAUGUUCUCAAUAUAUUAAGCAGUAUUCCUGUUUUGAUUACAUGUUUUUAUGUGAAUGAAAACAAAUUGAUUCAAUAAAUUUACUGAUGAACUUUAAA